GUUUCAACUUCACACAAACCUUUCCUCUCUCCACUGAUAACAGUCUGUGUGCUCUGUGUCCAGCAGGUGGCGGCCUCUCGGGCCUCUCGGGUCUCGCGAGGUUACGCAGAUAUCGCGGUGUUUGGCUCGCGCCACAGUUCGCUGAAGAACGGCGGACUGCAGUCUUUACCCCGAGGAGCAGCAGCGGAGCGGUCGCCCCAGCUGCGAGCGGAGAUUCACGAAUCAUGGUGCUGCUACACGUGUUGUUCGAGCAUGCGGCGGGCUACGCGCUGUUCGCCGUCAAGGAGGUGGAGGAGAUCGGCAUGCUGCUGCCUCAGGUGGAGGAGAGCGUGCUGAGCAUCGGGAAGUUCAACAGCAUGGUGAGCCUGGCGGCCUUCUUCCCCUUCAAGUCGGCCCAGGGCGCCCUGGAGAACAUCAACGCCAUUUCCGAAGGCGUGGUCCAUGCUGACCUGAAGUUGUUCCUUGAGACAAACCUGCCACAUUCUGCCAAGAAGAAGGCGGCCUUGGGGGUUUCUGAUGCCAAAAUAGGAGCAGCCCUACAAGAAGAAUUUAGCUUUUCCAUCCAGACUGGCGGCGUGGUGGCUGAGAUAAUCAGAGGUGUGCGUCUGCACUUCCACUCGCUGGUGAAGGGUUUGACUGGCCUGGCUGCCUCCAAGGCACAGCUGGGCCUCGGCCACAGCUACUCCAGAGCUAAGGUCAAGUUCAAUGUCAACAGGGCGGACAACAUGAUCAUCCAGUCCAUUGCUCUGCUCGAUCAGUUGGACAAAGACAUCAACACAUUCUCCAUGCGUGUCCGGGAGUGGUAUGGCUACCACUUUCCAGAGCUGAUCAAGAUUGUGUCAGAAAACUCAAUGUACUGCCGCAUGGCUCAGCUCAUCGGAAACAGGAAGGAGUUGUCGGAGGAGAGUCUGCCGGGCCUGGAGGAGGUGGUGAUGGACAGCACCAAGGCUCAGGCCAUCCUGGACGCAUCGCGCUCCUCCAUGGGUAUGGACAUCUCUCCCAUUGACCUGAUCAACAUAGAAAGGUUCUCCAACCGCGUGGUGUCUCUGGCUGCCUAUCGGCUGGAGCUGCAGGAGUACCUGCGUUCCAAGAUGAGCCAAGUGGCUCCAAACCUGGCAGCCUUGAUCGGAGAAGUGGUGGGCGCUCGUCUGAUCUCACAUGCCGGCAGCCUCACCAACCUGGCCAAGUACCCGGCCUCCACCGUCCAGAUCCUGGGAGCAGAGAAGGCCCUGUUCAGAGCUCUGAAGACCCGAGGCAACACUCCCAAGUACGGCCUCAUCUUCCACUCGACCUUCAUCGGACGCGCCGCAGCCAAGAACAAAGGCCGCAUCUCCAGAUACCUGGCGAACAAAUGCACCAUCGCCUCGCGUAUCGAUUGUUUCUCUGAGGUGCCCACAAGUGUGUUUGGUGACAAGCUGCGUGGACAGGUGGAAGAGCGGCUCUCUUUCUACGAGACCGGUGAUCUGCCACGGAAAAAUGUGGACGUCAUGCAAGAGGCAGUGAAAGAGGCUACUGAUGUCGCAGCUGAGAUCAAGCGGAAACUAGACAAGAAAGAAAAGAAGCGCAGGAAGCGUGAAAAGAAGUCGCAAGAACUUGAUGCCAACGGUGACGCCAACGGUGAAGUUGAGGUGGAGAACGGAGAAGCAGAUGCCACCGUAGUCAAGAAGAAAAAGAAGCAGGCGACUGAGGAGAUGGAGGUGGAGGCUGAGAAUGGGGCGGAAGAUGCUCCAACCAAAAAGAAGAAGAAACGAAAGUCAGAGGUAGAGGAACCAGCCGCCGCAGAGGAGACGGAGACUCCAACCAAGAAGAAAAAGAAACAAAAGACUGAGGCUGAGGAGACCCCAGAAACCCCCGUGUCAGAGAAGAAGAAAAAGAAGAAAAAAGAGAGUGCCGACUAAGGAAUGUGGGCAAAGACUGAACCUUUAUUUUUCUGUACAGUUUAUUUUUUAUUCCUUUUACUUAGAAGCUAGUUUAUGGGAGGAGCUUCAUGUUCUGUGUUUUUGGCAAUGUCAAAGCAGGUUAGACGACAAAAGAGAUGCUUAUAACUGUGCCUUCAUGAACUCAAUGACUUGUAUUUCUGUAAAUAAAUUCUAAGUUUAA